CCGCGUUUAAUUGAAUGAGAUGUAUUUUCGGGAUCAUUGACUGCUCCGAUUUUUAGCCUGUUUCUCGUAUUAUUAACAUUUAUCGUUAUCAAAUUCGUAACAUGUAACAUCACGAUAUAAUUAACGUAAUUUUCAUGCUUCUGAUCAUCGCGGUCAUUAAUCGAUUUACUCUACUCCAACACAACGUGUCUAAACAUUGUAUGCUUAAAAGACAAAUUUUUAAACUAGAUCAACAUCCUCUUCCGCAACAUUUAGCAUUGAUGUAUCGGCUGCGAUUCUACUUUUAUUUUUUUUCCCCCGAAAUAAAUGUGUUUCAAUCUUAAAAUUCAGUUAUCUCGUACCAAAGUGUUAUACUCGGGACAUGAUGAGGUACGAUAUCGGAGCGUUCUAUAUCGGACGCUCUCGACAGGAUCGGCGCUCACAAAAGGUGAACCCACUUCGUGGAUCUGUCGGUCGACGGCGGUGGCGGUGUUCGCUGCGCAAGGCGGGAGGCGGCCAGAGUACUCUGUAGAGUAGGUAGAGAGGAGAUAUAUCGAAACUCUCUCGGCCCUGUUCGGGCGGCUUCGUGCGCUUCCGCCGACUGGUGGUGGCCGCCGCGCGCCGCUCCGCGCACCUCCGCCAAGAGGUUUCACGCUGCGUGGAACGAAACUCGUACGUACGCGAUCAGCUCGACCGAGGCCGCCGGCCUUCCUCUGCGUAUCGGGGCCCGCUGCGUGUUUCGCGCCGGCCGACAGCUUCUCUCAUCGCUUUCGCGGUGAUAAAACCGGGCGGCUACCUCGCGACGACGACAACGACGAAGACGACGACAACGACGACGACGACGACGACGACGUUACGACGACCGUUGGUGUCAUAUACGUGUCCUGUGUGCGAUCCGGAGGAAGGCGCACGCAGCAAACGCACGCGCGUCUCGCACGCACACCGGAGGCGCGAAAUCGUCCCGGUACUUGACGUGGUUACGCGCGGGAGACUCCGCGAUGCGUUCCCGAGGCAGUGUACCGUAAAGAGUUCUCGCGGCGACGACGGCGGCGGUAGCGGCAAGAAAACGCGCCAAUCGCGCGUCCGGUGUUCGCGUGGUGCUUCACGCUCGGCGGUUUGUCGCAGAAGCGGAGAGGGAGGACGGAGGAAGCAGGGGAGGAGGAGGAAGAGGAAGAGGAGGAGGAGGAGGAAGAGGAGGAGGAGGAAGUGGUGGAGGACGAGGAAGAGAAGGUGGUGGUGGGCAAGCGAGGGUGGCAGCGUCGGGAGGAGAGAGGAGUGACGUGCGGGUGACCGUGCAGCGAUCGAGAAAUCGGAGCUUCGGCCGGUGAAGAAGUGACAUUUGUUCCCGCUUCCCUCGAUCUGGCUAUCGCGAGAGGGCUAGGAGGAGGAGGAGGAGGAGGAGGAGGACUGGAGGAGUACCUUCCCCCUCCCCGUCGCACUCGUCGCCUCGUGUUCGCCGACUCGAGCGACGAAUGACGCGAUUCGAAAGGGCCAGGUAAUAACGAUCCGGCUCGUUAGGGAAAAUCGGAUUCGGAGUCGUAGGCGGGGCCUGAGGUCGGUGGACACGUGACACACGCGGUGGAAACUGUCACGCCGCCCUUGCCGCCCUCCCUGCCAUUCUCCCCCCUCCACGCGACCGAAAUCCAACGGCGAGCGACGACCUACGCUUCCACGUCCGUGCGACGUGUCCACGAACGGACGGUCUCUGAGACUCGCACGUGUACGUGUAUGUGCGCGUGUACGUGUGCAUGGGAGGGAAUAUCCGCGCGGAAUUGCAUCAGGAGAUCCCACGAUGCGGGACUAAGACGAUCACGAAUGCGAAUCCGGAGGAUUAUGCGCCAGCUAUGCGUUUACAGCGCGCGCUUCCGAAUGCCUCCCUCGUGCCGAACGCGACGCUCUGACGGAAUUCUCCCUCGCAUCCACCGUGCGACUGUGCGACAUGCGACGCUCUCGCGGUAGGAGAGAAUGCUCCCGUUUUCCUCGCCGCUGAACCCCAUUCUGGGAUUUAUAAGUAAUCCUCGCAAUUGAUAAAUAAUGCGCAUCCGAUUCUACUGUCGCUCGUCCACAGUGUUUUCCGCCUCGUCUUCUCGCCCGCGUAAUUUUGCAGCCAACCAACGGUCGAUCUCUUUGCCCGACAAUCGCGAUCCGACGACCGUAUCAUCAGUUCGCAGGGCGAUGACGCCGUCGUGGUCGUACGAGGUCGAACGUUGCAGCCGCCGCGACGUCGAGUCAGCCUGAACCUCCCGAGGAUGCAGCAGGCCAGCAUAGGUGGCUGCGACGAGGACUCCGAUACGACGAGUCCCCCAACAAAGUCGCCGGGAAUUUGUUUCGCGAAGAUCAAGAGUGAACCCGGUGUGGAACAGCACAGGGAGGACGGUGUGAGGGUUAAAGUCGAGAUGCCCGAGCCCACGGAGGCCGGCGCCGAGGUGAAAGGUGAGCACCGGGAGGAUUAUCAGCGGCAGCAACCGAGCAAUGACGGUUAUCACUACGGCGACAAGAAGCCGGGCUACGUUCUGGACGCUGUUCCCGGACAGCCACUGCCAGGGCCGCUGGCGCCGCCGCCGCCGCCUCCUCCUCAUCAGGGAUACCGCUCCGUGACGGGACUGCCCAACUCUUUCGGCUUCCCUCCGUUCUAUGGACAUCAUCAUCCGUCAUCCAUGAUCCCGACGUCAUUCCCGACUGGUCGUCCGGACGGGCCGAUCGGCAAGCUCGGCGACGGCCACGAGCAGACGACACCGUUGCACCCUGAUCGACACGCGGCCGCCGCCGCAGCUGCCGCUGCCUACGGCAGAUUGCCACCGAUUCCCAAUGACGGCUUCCUAGGGCACGAGCCCCAUCAUCACCGCUUUGACGCCGCCGACUUCCAGCACGGUGCGCCGUACCCAGGCUUCCGGCCAACCAUGCGCUCGUACAGCAAUCAUCAGAACAACAACGCCUACAGUAGAAGUGGUCACUAUCACGCGGCCAGGCAGCGCAAGUGGAACAGCUCCGCGUUCCGUGGACUUCACCCGCCAAUGCCCUGGCCUACGUGGUUUUUCCGCCCAGAUCUACCACUUGGCACGCCGCUGCCGACAAGUCACGUUCCAAAUUCGAGUAACGUUCCUACUUCGUCGCCUCUGCCAUCUCGGACGCAUCUGGAUGCUCCGAAAGGGCCGGAGCCUCCUUCCAACAGCAACAAAGUCCACGGACAGAUGCCAACGAUAUGCACAUCCAUCCGCUGCACGGUGAACGCCUGCUCCUGCGAAUCCUUCACACCCGGGAAACGCCAUCUGCGCUGCUGCGAGAAUUGCCGUCACGGAUGGGUCCCACACGCGCUGGCGCGACUGUCAAGCAUCCACCAACAGCAGCAGCAGCAGCAACAGCAGCAGCAGCAGCAGCAGCAACAGCAUGCUCAACAACAACAGCAGCAGCGGCUGGGUGGUAAUGGUGGUGGUGGUACAGCAGGUAGUGGGGAUGUCGUCCCCGGCCCUCGUUCCACUGGUAGGGAGGACAAAAGCGUUGUAGGGAGGGUAAAACACCCGGCUUCGGUGACGACGACGACGACGACGACGACGACGGCGACGACGACAACGACGGCGGCGGCGACGACGACAACGACGACGACGACGACGACGACGACGAUGACGGCACCCGCGACUGGUAGUGUAGGAGGGGGAGGUGGCAGUGGUAGAGAUGACGGUGGCGGCGGAGGUGGCGGUAGUGGUGGUGGUGGCAGUGACAGUGGUAGUGGUGGCGGCGGUGCCUCCGGUGGGGAUCGUAACGACGGCGGCGGUGGUGGUGGAGGUGGUUGUGCCGGUGGUGGUGGCGAACUCGCGGAGAAGGAGGAGAGGCCACCGGCUUCAGAGACUGUCGAGCCGACGGCCGCGUUUGACGUCGCAUCCCUCGUACUCUACGGCUCGCGCGCACUGCCGAUACGCCUUAAGAUCUUGCUCGAUCAAUUGUUCAACCAGUUGCCCCCCGCGCAAGUGACACGUAUCCUAGCUGCCUUCGGUUGGACCCACGAGGAUUACACGCGAGGAUACAUACUGCAGGACUCGCAGAACGGCCCGGUGCUGGACCGAUGGAGUAUCUGCUCGGCUGAGGAGGAACCGCUGGUCCUGCAGCAGUUCCUCAGGUUCGCCGAGACGCGUCCGUUCGUGCAGCAACUGCUGCUGGCCGCCGGAACGCCGGGUACGGAUGCUAUGUCACCGAGCAGACGACCUUCGCCACCGACGAUGCCACUAGCACACCUGCCGCCCCCGUUGCACAUGCUCCAUUGUGGCUUACCGCCACCAGGUUCCCGGCUACCGCCCCCGCUACCACCACCCCCGCCGCCGCCGCCACCGUCGUCGUCGUCGUCGUCGUCGUCGAUCUCUCAUCCCUCGAUGUCGCCGACGGCGCAGAAACACUACUCGGCGAAUCACGGCAGCAUCACCAGUAGAGCAAACUCACCUCCGCGUUCCCUAGAGUCACACCUGACGGUGUCGCCGUUGAAUCGGCUGCAGAGCAUGCAGCCGUUCGACUUUCGGAAGCUGGGUACUCUCGGAUUGCCGGCGUUUCCGCCGUUGCCGCCGCCACCGCCAUCCGCGGAGCAACUGCUGCAAAACCGAAAGUCCAUGAGGAAUCCGCAGAGUCCCCACAGUCCGCCUCAUCAUUCGUCCGCGACGUCGCAGUUGCAAAGGCCGCAUAUGCCGGUCGCGCCGGUCUCCUCGUCGGCGUUGACCUUCGGUCACCCGCUCUCGGUCGCGGUCUCCUCCGGGGCGCUACCACCGAGCUUCCCGACGCACUUUCCGCCACCACCGAUGGGCAAAUCGGCCGGUGGCAUCGGCGGCGGGCUGACCAUGCCCGUGGAUGUGCACAGCGGCGGCGAAAAGAGCAGCGAGUUCGGCUCAGAGGAAGAUGAGGAAGACGAGGAGAACUCGGACAGCGCGUUGAACCUCAGCCGACGAGACUCGAUCAUGUCGAAGCACGGAAUCUCCUCCGAGCAGCGACAUCCACCGCCGUUGUCGCUUCAGGCCACGCCGUUGGGUAGGCCACCCGGUAUACCCGGCAGAAAGCCGCACUCUCCGGGCAAGCGACCGGGCAGCCAGUGGAGCUCUGCCGCGAACUUGCCGCCUAACCUCGGUACACCUUUCAUCAAUCCCACCACCGGCAAGAAGCGCGUGCAGUGCAACGUUUGCCUGAAGACCUUCUGCGACAAAGGCGCCCUGAAGAUACACUUCAGCGCGGUGCAUUUGCGCGAGAUGCACCAAUGCACCGUGAAGGGCUGCAGCAUGAUGUUCAGCUCGCGCAGGUCGCGCAACCGACAUAGCGCGAAUCCGAAUCCAAAGCUGCACUCGCCGCACCUGCGUCGCAAGAUCUCCCCGCACGACGGCCGCUCGUCCAUGGCGCACGCCCUGGUACUGCCGCCGCAGGUGGCAGGACUCCCGGUACCCGCCACCGGACUCAACCACUUGCCCUUUGGCUCCUUUCCGUUACUCACACCGCCGCCGGAUCUCCGCUCGCCGGCGUCGCUGUGCGCGCUUGACUUUAAGCAUCUAGAUCUGUCAUCCACGCAAGGGGGUCAAGGCAGACCUUCGUACGACGAGACGUUGCACCAGAGGAUGAGCUCGAUGAGCACGGGCCUGUCAACAACCUCGACGGCCUCGACGACAAUGCCGGUACCGAUGUCGAGCGUCACGGCGAACACUAUCACGACGACGGCGCGAGGUUCGUAUCCCGGUGGCGGCACAUCCAGUAACGCAGUCUCGCCGUCCACUCAGGCGUCGUCCAUGAUCCCGGAAGGCGAAGAGGACGACGACGACGACGACGACGACGGUGGUAUCGUCGUGGUUGCGGAAGACGAUACCAGCAAUCUGCCGUCAUCGAGGUUGCAGCCGUUGCGUGCCGACGACGACGAGCAGCCGGCCGAUUUCAGUCUGGCGAAGCGACCGAAGCUCUACUUCGGUGACACCGCCGACGAAGAGCUCGCCAGCAAUCCCGAUAGCAAUGAAGACAACGAUUCGAUGGGCACGGUUGAUCAGCAGCCCUACUCCGUGAACCAGCAUUCGCUCAAUUCGAGUUCCUUCCACAGCCGGGGUGUGCGCAAGAGGAAGUCCCAGCAUCCCACGAGGUGCGCCGUGCCAGCGGAGGUGCACUCCUCGUCCACCGAUGGCGAUUCCUCCAACGACGAGGAGCAGCGGAUUCAACGGCGUUGUCUGUCGGACGGCAUCGUCGCACCGGUGUCGGAAUUUCAGAAUCAGCCGGAGGACAUGUCGAUGUCCAGGCUUGAAGCCGAAGAACGGAAGACUUUGCUCCCCGGCUCGCCGAGAAAUCAAAAAGGUGGCUUUCAUGAUCGCGAGUCGGACUCGCGCUCUCCGGACAUCGGCAACAGGGAGCGCGAGGUGGCGGCUAGCAAUCGACGUGAUACCCUCUCCUCUCAAGAGAACACGGAGGAGCUACCUCAGGACGAGCCGCGUGACUUGAGCUCGAGGGCGAGCUCGGUCAAAUCACCGAAACGGCAGAUCAGCCCGGAACCAAAGAUCGACAACACGCCAUCGUCGAGCACGUCAUCGAGCGUUGGGGCAACGACGGCAACGACGACGUCGAUAACGAAGGAUCCCGAUGCGACGUUGUCCGAGCAGAAAGACCGACGAUUGAGCUCGGAAAGUGACGAAACGACGAGGACGAAAGACGAGACGAUUACGAAAAAAGAGUCCGCCGAGGUGACGCAGGAGGAACGAAGGCCGACGAGCAAUGAGGAGCACCAGGACGAGGAGGACGACGAUGAUGAGCCCAUGGAGGAGGUCGAGGAGGAUGAUGAGGAGGAAGAGGUGGACGACGCGCUGCGCAAUCAAGAAGGUGAGCGUCCCGAUGUUCCCCCCCGUGCCCCGAGCUCGGUCGACAGCCGUCCGACGACAGCCGACGACCUCUCCCACGACUCCUCGACCAACACUUUGCGUCAACUCGAGUCCUUGUCGCAGGGUCGAUGCGCGAUGCCGUACGCCGAGACGCAGCUGGUGGCUUCGAGGUCUGGCCGCGGCUCUACCAGCCCUAUCAGCCUCACGACCCACCAGGAGAUCACCAUGGACAACUCCUCACAUGGCUCUCGUUCAUCCAGCGCCUCACCCUCCACAGCGGCCAUGGAUACGGACAAUAGCCUGAUCACGUACGCACGCUACGAGAAUGGUGGUUUUGUCAGCACCCAGGAAGUGCCGCUCGACCGUGAGAAUCCGCGCCGUUGCACCGCUUGCGGCAAGGUCUUUCAGAAUCACUUUGGCGUCAAGACUCACUAUCAAAAUGUUCACCUCAAACUGAUGCAUCGCUGCAGCGUGGACGGCUGUAACGCGGCCUUCCCCUCGAAACGAUCUCGCGAUCGUCACUCGGCGAAUCUCAAUCUUCACCGGAAACUGUUGUCGACCUCGUCGAGCCCGCCACUUUCCUCCAGCCUGCCGCCGAGUCUAUCGCCACGCGUGGACGACACACAGAUGAAUCCGUUGCUGCACAAUGAGUUUCUGGCAAGGCUCUACGCGGAUGCUAGUAUCGGCGCGCUGGGUGCAUAUCCCUUGGCACCCGGAUUGCCAUCCGCGGCUGAUCUGGCGGCUCGGAUACCACCGCCACAUCCGCUCCUGCUGCCGCCACAUCUUGGCGCCACGUUCCCGGGUCUAUCUUCGUUCGCGUCUCAUCUCGCAGGUCUGAACGGCCUUACCCAUCAGCAUUUGAAUCACCUAACGAGAUUGACCCAGGAACAGGGCAACAGGCACGCAUCCGUUUCGGGCUCGCCGGUGUCCUCGCCGGGCUCGGACGAUCGCAAGGAGGAGGCCAGGUGCACUGUACCCGGCUGCGAGCGCGUCUUUGGUUCCCGAGCUGUACGGGAUGCGCAUUCCAGGGACCCCCAGGCUCACCGCGACCUACCGAUCCUGUCUACCAGCAGCGGCUCGUGACCGAUCUCGUUCUAUGGUCGCGGACACGAUUAUUAUCCUUUACUGUGAUGCCAAAAUCCUAACUCGGCGACUCGAUUUGGCCGAUCGAUCACCGAUGAUCUCUUUUUGACUAGGAUCGGCAGACCUAGCCGCGGUCUUCCCCACGAAUAGAGGGUACGUUCUGGUAUCCUGUUCGAACGUUCUAUUUGAACGUACGUAAAAACGUGCAAUAUCGAGCGAAGUGCGUAUGGGAUGAUCGACCAUCAACGUGGCCGACAUGAAGCGGUCUCUCGUUGAUCAACGCCUGCCCAUGGAGUGAGCGAGCCAGUUUCAAUGCGGUAAUAUCUGCCUGCCAGUUCUUCCCAUUUCUCAGAUUUAGAACAUUAGAAUGCAACACGCGAGUUUGUUGGACUAAUCUAGUCAAUUUGAAAAUCUCGAUUUCGUGCGUUAUCGGAAAUGACGGUAAAAGUCGCGCGCUGUAUCACUGCUUUAUAUUGUUUAAUUAAUCGGACUAAAUAUCGUGCAAAAUUUUGAAUAAUAUGCAAAUUAUAAACUUGUAACAAUGUUGAAGCUAUUAUUAAAUUAAGAGAAAUUUUAAAGAUGCAUGCAUUUGAAAUAAGUUUGACAAGAAUAGAAAGAAUUGUAUAAAAUUUUUAUUUCAGCUAGAAUGUUUUUGUAGGAACACGCAAAUUAUAAAGCGUUUGCAAAAACCGUUUAAACUUUCUAAGUAAAAUUAAAUAAUUUUAGUUUAAAAUUGCAAAAUUAAAAUCUAUAUAAAUUUUAUUAUAUUCAAAGGAAUAUAACAAUUAUUUCAUUUUUGUGCAUGAUUUAUUUAUUUGUUAUGUUGUUUUAUAUUUUUUACAAAAAUUUUUACUUUUACAUUUUUUAUUAAUCAAUACUUUGAAAUAUUGUUGUUGUCUCUAAUUACAGAGAAACAACACAUAAGAAUUUACAACUUUCUUUUUCAUAACUUUUUUCAUUUUUAGAAAAAAAUCAAUCGUAAGAUUUGAGAAUGCCAUGUAAAAAUAUACUAAAAUUAUUAAAAUUAUUAAUUUUUUGAAAGAGUAAAAGUCGUGUUUUGCUGUAGUAUUGAUUCCCUUUUCGAAGUCUGCUCAAUAAAAAAUAGAAUUUUGAUUAAAAAAAAAUUUAUGGGACUUUUGAUUUAAUUAUGGGUCACGCGCACGAUGCAGCAUGCGAAUAUAUCCGUAAUACAUCUCUUUCGUAUUGUUAUGAAGAGUUGCAUUGUAAAUACUGGCUGGCGUAAAAGUUUAGGAUUCGAUCGUUGUUGAACUAAACUUUGGUCGCCUGACAUUGGAGAUAUCCACGUUCGCGUGGCGUGCGAUCAUUUCUUUCACGAGCGCGACGCCGAGAAACCGACGAAGGAGCAUGGCGAACUGUUGAAUCCGCAAUGAAUCAGCGUGUCAUUUCGUCUGUCCGAUCGUCGUUAAUUUAACAUAAUCAGGGCCGAAGGAGAGGGUCGUCAAAAGGGGUGAGGACGAAGGAUGAAAGCGUUAAAAAAAAAAACAGAGGACUAUGAGGCGCGGUGUCCCCCCGAUCCCGAAGGGCUAAUUUCAUCAUCGUUGUGAUAACGUAACGUUAGCGAAUAACGCCACUAUUUAACCAAGUAACCAAUUACUACCGCUGUAUAUAAUAAACAGACAUAGACCUUUUUCGGUGUAAAUGCGUAACUGUAUAUCGUGACUAAGUUCUACCAACGCGCGCCCGACGCAAUGCGGUUAACGGCGAUUAGUUUUGUAAAUGUGAGAGAGAAGAAGAGCGAUGCACCUUGUCGAGAGGGAAGAGAAGGAGAGUGACGUGUGGUCACGUCGCGAUAACGGCAGCUAGAAAGAAAUGCAAUCUUAGUUUAAAGAGAGGGAUCACCCUCGAGAGCUCGAAGGCUGAACGGAUGGGGACCGGUCGGGCGUUCGGUACGAAUAGACGAGUGGAUCGACCAGCAAAUCAAAGCGACAGCGUCUCACGCUAGGUAUAAAUGAGAAUAGAUAGAUUUUAUUUAUUGUUCCCUAGGAAUCCCAUACACGACAUGUACACAUGCAAAACACACACACACACACACACACACACACACACACAGCCAUACUCUCUAAAUCGGAAUGAUAUUAUUCACUAAUUUUCAGUGCUAACUAUGAUCAUCAGUAAGUAUUCAUUGUCUUUUCGAGAGAUUUCGCUUAAAAGUAUUCUCACUGAAGUAAUUACCAUCUGAAAAACAAUGAUUAUUUCAUUGAUUGUCAUAAGGGUAGCACUGAAAGUAAAAUUUCGCAGGUUUCGAUGUGGAGAAUACAUAUAUACAUCAAGACACUGUACCCGAGCGGCCAGUAGCGGGCACUGCCGCGAAUAACUUCCUUGUCUAGGACUUGUAAAAUCGCGUUGUCGUUUUUACGUGGCGAAUCAAUUGGCGCCGGAGGUUCGCUCUCGUUGUGUUACAUGUUGAUAAAAGAAAUCAUUCGGCAUCAAUUCCGAAAUCGAAUGAGAGCGCGAACCUUUUUCAUGAAACAAUUUGGUUGUACAUAUAUACUUUAUUUUCGUAUCUAUACAUAUAUAAAUAAAUAUAAAUAAAUGAAUAUAUAUAUAAAUAUAUAUAUAUAUAUAUAAAUAUAAUUUGGCGAUGCGCAUCGUUGUCGCGCGGCGCGCAUGCAAUGUUCUUUGGGAACGUACGCGUAUACGCGUAAAAGCAGAACGCGGAGCGCAUUUUUCUACAAGCCUUCGAUCCUACGUUUUGCAUUUCCGCCUACCGAGAGAGCGAGCGAAGUUCCCUCUUCUACCGCGACACACACGACGAAACCCUACUACUAUUACGCAUUAAGUGCGAGCGAGAUUUACAAUUGUAAUUAUGUAUAAACCGAAUGCUACGAUGUAUAUUAUAGAUCGAUUAUAAAGAACACACUCAUCAUUAUGAAAAUAAAUACCUAUCAAAAUUAA